AAUAUGACAGCCAAAGAUGUGAUUAUGAAAUUGAAUAAAGAAGCUGAGUAUAAUGCACUCACUGCUGAAUUUUAAGGAAAUGACACUAAAUUUGUAGGAGAAUAUGAAAAUGUUAGGAUUCCAUCUGAAAAAAAGGAAUCUAUUAAAGAUGCAUUUAGAAAGACAUCCAAAGCAUGUUAACCUACAUUAAAAAAGUAAAUUCAAUUUUACAUGUAGUCUGUCAUUGAGAUAAAAUUGGUUGGAUUUAUAAGAUAGAAUAUAUAAUAGAGCAUAAUACUACACAAGUAUUAAAUUGUGAUCUAUGAUUCCUAGCUGAUGCAAAUUCUUGUAUUAGUGAUGCAAGAAAUGUUGCUGAGGUUAAUGUUUGUUGUGAUAAUUACAUCCAAAGACUAAAUAAUGACUUUUACAAUGAUGUCUUACAAAUAUUAAAGGAUUAUUGAGAUAUUGCAAUUAUUAAAAAUACACAUAAAAC